AAUUUCAUUUACUUGUUGACGCAUGUGCCACUUCUUUGUUUUGGCUAAAUUACAAAGAAUCCUUGCACUUUAGCCUGUGUCUCAAUUGUCCCCUUGUAUUCAAAUUUGCAUCAAUUAGCACUCUACAUGUUACCAUUUCUUGAAUAGGCCCAAAUUUUGUGAUGAUUGUAGAAUUUAAAUGCAAAAUUUUCAUCUUGAAUGAGCUGGAAUUUUGCUUUUGUUUUAUGUGAAUGUAUGUCUUAGCUACAAUUUGAAAAGAUCAAAAACUCAAUAAAAGAGAUCUCCACCUUCGCUAGAGCUACCAAAGUAGGCAGUUUAUUAUUUCAAUUUAUGCAAUUCAAAUGUAAUUCUACUCCAUUUAAUAUAACCAACAACAUCCACCUAUUCGUUUUGAUUAAAUUUGACAUCUAAAAUCAAUAGUCAUCCAAAAUUAUUGAGCUUAUUUCAGGUCAUGAUAAAGUGCAGGAUUGAAAUGGAUGCAAUUUUUUUGCACAUGGGUAGUUGAGACCAAGGAUUCAAGUGUCGUGGCACGGGAUCGUGCUGAAAACUUGCUGGCAUGGUAUGGCAUAGUGCGUGUCGUGUCGUAUCGAUGCAUGCCACUCACAAAAAAAAGUAUAUGUAUCCGACACAAUGGUGUCGAAUAUUUAUUUUCUUUAGCAACAAAAUAUUCUAAUUGAUUAUUAGGUAUCUUCCUCAAAUCUUUUGAACUUAUUGAGGAAACAACUUACUAAUUUUUUAAAAAAGAACGCUUUGAGCUAUCCCAUCGACACGAAGGCCGUAUGAUGCUGAUAUCUUAUUGGGACGAUAUGGCACAUUGGAGAUAGGCCGUGCCGAUGGGCACUCAAAUCCUUGGUUGAGACAAAGGGUAAAGUGGAAGGGGUUUUUUUUAUAAUUUGGUGUCCUUCGUCUUCUUCUUCAAUUUUGGUGUUGGCUAUACUUGAAAAUUGUUUAGGAUUGUGAAGAUGGCAAUUUUUGUUAUUCUAGUGGAAAUUAUCUCGAGUAAUUGGUUGUUCAGUUAGUCUAAUAUAAUUUUUAGGGUUUUAUUAAACCCAUUUAGUUGCAUUAAUGGUCCAUAAAAAGCUUUACCCUUUAGUUCUUCCACUUUUUUUUAUUGUCUUUCCUGGGCAGUUUGCCUCUUUUAUGUUAGUUUCCACUUUUAACAGAAUGAUCAAGGAUUACUUGUCUAAUCAAUAUUCAUGUGAAAUUUUUUUGUAUUACAAUAGUUCCUUUGUGAAAUCUCCUUUGUGAAAUUAUGUGUUGAUUUAGUUCAGAGAAUACUCAUGUAUCGCUGGAUGCAAAUGAUAGUUUCUUUUGAAAAAAAUGCAGAUGAUAAUUCACUUAUUCUAUUAGCUUAUAAUUAUCCUUAUCUAUUUUAAUUCUGUAUGAGGUUAUGAGCCAAUAACAUGCUCUUUACCAUCCUCAGUAAGCCCAGGUACUCGUAAAAGUUGUGGGAUGCUCAAGUUUGCACUAUUUUGAUAGAGUUUGCGGAUUGGACUUUAUUGCAGAUGUGAGUUAUUAGGCAGAUGAAAAGCUUGUGGACAAUUGUUUGCAGGUCUAGAAUAUAGUAUGUUGAGUGAAAAACCUUAAUGCUAAAAGCAGGCUGUUAAAAUAUCUUUUUUCUCCAAACACCGGGAUUUGUUAAUGAGCAAUUCAUUUACACAACAAGCGGUACAUGCAAGAUAACCAAGCAGAUGCGUGUGAACUUGCAUGAGCUCACUAGCAUACUGGUGCACAUGCAUAUAUGCUCAUGCAGUAGUGAAAAUGAAAUUCCAUGUAAUUGCAAUCGCAAACAUUCUUGCUCAUGCACUUUCAGUUACUGUAAAUAGACAACAGUUUACAGAAAAAGGUGUUGGCUUCAGUUUUAUUUAUUAUCAGUGGGAGACGUCUGAGAGGAGGUUUCAACUUAGUUGAAUUAAGAUCCUAAAUUUAAAAGUUGGGUACUUUAGUAAAAUUGAAACAAUGUCUGAGUUGAGAAGAUGUUUCUUUUUCUUUUAUUUACAGUUCGUGCAAUAGAGAUUCUGAACAACCCAUUUCCUGAGCUGGGGUGGCCUCAGAAGAAAAUGCCAGAGAAUGAUAGGACUUGUUUUUUGAUGUUCUAGUGGUGCUUCAGUAACUUCUCAAAUCUUGAAUUUCCUGAUAAUGUUGCGAUAGCACAUGAAUUUUUUAUAUUAGUUCAGAUUCAGCAAGAAUUAGAGUUUGCUCAUUUUUGGAAGAGCUCAAGAGACCCAUAAAUCAGAUAAUAGGUAGGUGGAAAAACAGCUAAUGAGCGAAGCCUCUCUUGCAGAAAAUGUCUGGUACUUGUACAAAUUGGAAGACCAACAGUCUCCUAAUACAGAGAAUCAGGAAAACAAUAUUAAGGUGACAAGAACUGGAUAUUGGAAGUCCAUGGAUGCUCAUAGAAUACCGACGAGCGCUCAGACUGUAGGGACGAAAACCACUCUAGAAUUUUAUGAAGGUCAAGUACCUUCUGGAAAAAGAACUGGGUGGUUAAUGCAUGAAUACCAAGCAGAUCAGAAGCCUCAAGGUCUUGCUGCAGUGCAGGACUACAGUUCUUUGUGUCGAGUCUUCCGGCAAAUUGAUCAAUGGCCAAAUAAUGAUGGGCAGAAUAAAUCUCUCAGUGGUGAUGCUGAUUGUGAUAGCUUAGGACGAUAUCUGCUAUCUCUUCCAGGACAAGAAAGUAAUUUCUCUUCACAGGGGCCUCUAAACAAAUCCCAGAUUGUAGCUGGGGAUGAGCCGAGCGUGACUAAUGCAGGCAGUCUAUUGAAUGAGCCAAGAAGUGAUCACUCUGCUGAGGAAUUUAAUGCCAUGUUCGACAUCUCUAAUGGCGACUACUUGGAAAUAAAUGAUCUAUUAAGUCCAGACUCAUCUUCGAGCAGUUCGGGCAAUUCGAGUAACAGGUCUAAUAAGUUUGAUGAGCUCUUCGAUGCUGAUGCACUACUGAGGGAUCUCGUGAAUGGAUGUAAUAGUCAAAGCUUGCAGGAAGAGCGUACAGAUUACAGGUUUAGCAGAUCUACAUUAGUAAGAUCAAAUCAGGUGGUUAUCAGGCCGCCACAGCCAGGCUCGAUCCAAAGCCAAAACAGCAAUGUUGUGGUUACAGCUAGCGUGCAUGGCAACUCAUCAGAUGCUAGUUCCCCAACCACUAGUCAAGCUUCUUCAUCAACCAAGUCUCACAAUAGCAAUGUGAACCGAACUCCUCCUGAAGGCUCACAGGGUAAUAGGUCUCCCCCGGGGCCUGGAGGCAGCUCUUUUGGUCGGGUUGCAAAGCUUGGGAAGAAGUACUGCUGCUUUGUGCCUUUCUAGGCCGAAAUCCGGCUUCGUCAAUCAUUCUUAUCAAUGUAAAAUAGGAGCAAGUAGAAUCCUUUUAUGGGUCGUGGACGGCAUUGUUUUCUCCAACUAUUCUUAGGAACAUGAACCAAGCUUUUAUGUUCGGUGGAGUAAAAGGGGAGUUAUAUGCAGUAACACUAUCAUUGCCUAGAUGGGGUUGAACAGAUGGUGAAAAAUCUCAAAAAAAAGGAAAAAAAAAAAGAAAAAAAAGAUUGCAGCUUUGAGUUAGUCUUCGACUUAAUUAUAUGCAUUUGUAUAUAUAUAUAUAUGCUAACUUGUUGGGAGAGCAGUUUAAAGUUCACGAUUGAGACAUUAUCCGCUAGCAGUAGAUCUCCGCUAGCAGUAAAGAUCUACAUUCUCUUUUGCUCUCAUUAAUGUCUUACAGAGUGUAAAUAUAUGUAGUAAUAAGUUUAAAUUGUGUGAUCAUUUGUAGAGCAAAUUUUCCUGUAAUCCCCUGCAAGUGUUUUUCCAUCCUUGAUGAACUAAAUAUUGUAACCUUUCUUUCUAAUAUCUAACUUAGACCCCGUUUAGUUAUUUCAAA